AGUCUUAUGCAUUCGUCCAGAAGCUUUUAUGAAACGGAAACAAAACCUCCUGCGAAAGAGAAAGCUAAGCUAUAUCGUGCAAAUAAUUUCUCUGUUGUUUUGCGUCGCAGUCCAACGCCGUCAACGGCAUCGAACACGCACGUAGAGGACGUCAGUUCGUCGGAACCGGCAACCCCUACCGCGUCGCCACGGAAGGAGGGGAACAAUAGGACGCUCACGAAGAAACAGCAACGAGAGUUGGCCCCAUGUAAGGUGCUACUCGAACAGUUGGAGCAACAGGACGAGGCCUGGCCGUUCCUCUUGCCGGUGAACACCAAACAGUUCCCGACCUACAAGAAAAUCAUUAAAACGCCCAUGGAUCUCAGUACGAUCAAGAAGAAAUUGCAGGACUCCGUGUAAGUUGCACG